GGAAGACCCCUGGCACUGCAGGGUCCAUUGCAGGGUCUUUCCUAUUAAGCAGGGCUAAGAUUGGGUUGCACAGCAAAGCGAGGCAAAGGCAAGCCCUGCAUUUAAAAAGCAUCGCCUGUUCCCUCUCUAGCUUUCGGGUAUCCACUUGCUCUUCUUUGUACAGCCAACAGUCUCAAUAAAGCUGUUGUUGCCGGUGAGAAAUUGCAAGAUGGCUGCGCCCAGGGAAAAGGCGUGAUCCUGGGAUCCCUGUCCGUCCGGGACUCUUCCGCGCGCACCAUUGGCAUCUCAGUCCCUGGCAAACCCGUGAGCUUCCUUUUGAUCUUCUGGGGAGGAAAAAGCAGCGUACACAUAUGAUAAAUGGACACGCUGGCUUCGAUCCAAAAGAGAACAACCAGCACGUGAACUCAGUUUCUGCACCCAGAUUGCUUCUUCUGGGUGAUUACUGGUCUGGUUCAUACAUGAGUGCUGAUCGCUUAUCACAACAUUAGCCCGAUGGCUCGGAUAUGCAUGUGAGCCAUAACAUGAUCUCAAGUCCAGCACAGUGCUUUUCGCUGGGAACAACAGAAGCAUCUGUCUGGGAGUCUGAACACACUGAGAGACCAAGAGAGGCCACUCUUUGAGGCUCAGAUCAAAGAAUCAGCAGGAGAGAACUCGAACAGGGAACAAAAUCAUGCCAGCGUCUUUGAGGAAACUUCAGCAACUGGCUAUUUAUCUGGGAAUUGUAUCUGGUGGGGGAUGUUCCCUUAUGUACUACUACAUGCAGAAGAGCUUUGCCAGAACACAGUAUUAUCAACAGGCUCUUGAGCAGCUUCAUAAGGACCCCAAAGCCUUGGAGGUACUUGGCGCACCUCCUCUUAAAGUACAUUACAUCAGGCUGACAGACAAGCACAAUUGUGUCGAUGAAUCAAGAGCACAGAUAAAGAUUCCAGUAUCUGGAACAAAGGCAGCUGGAGACCUUCAUGUCAAUUCAGAAAAAGACUUCUCCCUCAACAGGUGGUGUCUGCAGGAAGCCACACUACAACUCUCAAAUGGUCACCAUAUACCUGUGUACCGUUCGCCGGUGGAGAAUACCGCUCAGGAUAUGUGACUGUAACCCUGCUCAAGUACCUUCAUAGCCAAUGAACAGCUGAACUGACACCUUCAACAGGAAUGAAAUCUGCAUGUCUUUUUAAAACGUGGUGCUUAUUUCUCCUUUAUAAGGCUUGAAGACAAACUGGGCCUGGGCGGGGGCAGGGUGGGGUGGAAACAUGCUAGAAGGCAGCAGCUGCUCAAGUGAUAUUUGCACUAAUGCUAAAUGCCGGCUGAUCGUAGGAGGCGAUGGGAUUAAAAAAUUAUGAUUGGAUUGUGGAAUUGAAGUGAGAUGGAACUAUUGCCCUAAUCCCCCCACUUCUCCCAAUGAGCUUAGAGUGGCUUGGAGGUUUUGCAGACGGCAUUUGAAGGUUCAAUAGGAGAACUUUGUCAAGGGGCUGAACAGAUCUGGCCUGACACCCCUACACCAAGUGUCUGCCGUGUGAUUUAAUGCGUGUGAUUUAAUGCGUACGGCUUGCAGUUUUAGUACCUAAACUUGCAACUCCUUAUUUCAAUAAAUCAAUCUCUUUCA